AGCGCAAGGUAGCCACCCUCAAGGUUCUAACCAUGGUGUCCAGUGAGAGAAAGAUUGCUUCGUUCGCGCAUCACCAUCACUUCCCCGCUUGAUCAAUUAAUUCCCGAUGAUGAUGUAGAAUGGAGACACCCAUGAGAUACCUCCUCUUGCUUCUAUAAGUACGGCCGCACCAGACGCCCCAAAACCGGUUCUACAACGACAACAUCCCCUUCCUUCCACCCCGGUCACUCCUCAGUCACCGGUUGUCUUUCAUUCUGCAUACCUUUCAUUCUUUACUUCUGUUUCUGUCACUGGCGCGAGUCUGCCAUCAUGACUAACUUUCUUCUUCUCGUUACCGUGCUAGCCGCGGCUGUUGCCGAGGGCGCACCGCUUGCUCAGCCUCAAACCGCUCCUUCUGGAAUUCCUUCUCCCGGCGGCGCCGGCGGCGCUGGCGGCGCCGGUGGCCUGGGUGGAUUAGCCGGACUCUUGGGCAAGGGCAAGGGCGGCAAAGGGAAGGGCCACGAUCAUGGCGGUAGCGACGGUGGCGACUGUGCCGACUCUCCCGGCGGAAGCCCAACCUCUCCCGGAGGUGCUGGCGGUGCCGGCGGAAUCCCCGACCUUGGUGCAAUUUUCGGCAAAGGCAAAGGCAAAGGCGGCGCUGGUUCCACCGGGAUCCCCGACCUUGGUGCGAUCUUCGGCAAAGGCAAGGGCGGUGCUAGCCCGACCGGCGGAAUCCCCGACCUUGGUGCAAUUUUCGGCAAAGGAAAGGGUGGUGCUAGCCCUACCGGAAUACCUGAUCUCGGUUCGCUUUUGGGCAAGGGUAAAGGUGGCGCGGGUGGUCUUGGGGGCCUCCUCAGCGGUGCUGGUGGUGCUGGCGGUGCUGGUGGUGCUGGCGGCGAGGAAGCCGGUGGCUCUGGGCUCGCUGGCCUUCUCGGCGGUGCCGGUGGUGCUGGGGGUGCCGAAUCCGGCAGCUCUGGCCUUGCCGGCCUUCUCGGCGGUGCCGGUGGUGCUGGGGGUGCCGAAUCCGGCAGCUCUGGUCUUGCCGGAUUGCUAGGCGGUGCCGGCGGUGCUGGCGGAGAAUCCGGUAGCGCCAGCGAAUCCGGUGGCGCAUCUAGCGAGACCACCGUCGAGCCGGCCGCCGACCCCUCUGCUACUGAAGAGAGCGGCGCGGCCUCAGAUGGACACAGCCACUCCCAUCGUGCUCGCGAUGAAGCUGCCGUUGCUGAGCUGAUUGCUCGCAUGGUUGCUGAGGCCAACCCGAUUGCUAAGCGUCAACUUAGUGGACUCCUCGACGGACUUGGUGGUGGUGAGAGCGGUGGGAGCGGUCUAAGCGGACUCCUAGGCGGACUCGGUGGCGGUAGUGGUGGUGGUAAGUAAACCCUCCGAACUCUUGUCUCUCAUUAUUAGUCUAAUCCCCAAGCAGGCAUCAGCGACCUUCUGUCUGGCCUUGGCGGAUCAGGUGGCGGCCUCAGCGGCCUUAUGUCUGGUGGUGGCCUUGGAGGAUCAUCAGGUGGCCUCGGAGGAUCAGGUGGCGGUCUCAGCAGCCUUCUGGGUGGCCUUGGAGGAUCAGGUGGCGGACUUGGCGGACUUAGCGGUGGCUCCUCUGGCGGCCUUGCUCCAUCGUCGGGCGCCGAUUCCAGCGGCUCUUCCACCGGCGCCGACUC